AUGCCUGGCAGCGACCCAAGCAGGUCGCCAGCCAAGGCUGGAAUUACUUUUACCAGAGAUUUCGAAAUUGUCGAAAUGAGUAGCCUUUCCAAUGCUGACAAGGACCCGGCCCACGUCAACACUACAACGUCCUUCGCCGUUUCUACUGCUCCGCGACCGGUUCGGUACGCCAGUCAGAAAGCUGCCGGUCAACGCUGGGUGGACAGCUUCAAGCAAGUCGAGGGGUCGCCCCAAGUUAUCAAGGAUGGGUACUACGUUACCGAGGGCAUGGAAGAGAUGCCUCGAGAUCCUGAACGCUACUACGACCUACACGCAGCCAACGCAAGAACAGCAAACUCGGCGCUGGUGCGCGACCUAAAGAGUCGCCACCUGCAAAUGAUUGCAAUCGGUGGUUCUAUCGGUACUGGUCUUUUCGUCGCUUCCGGAGUUGAUCUUGCGCAAAGCGGCCCGGCUUCGGUGCUGAUCGCAUACGCGCUCGUCGGCGCGAUGCAAUUCUGUACUAUGCAGAGCUUGGCUGAACUGGCAGUCGUGUUUCCAAUCUCAGGAUCUUUUUCCGCAUUUUCUACCCGAUUCCUUGACCCAUCUUGGGGGUUUGCUAUGGGCUGGAACUAUGCGCUGCAAUGGUUGGUCGCCUUACCAUUGGAAGUCAUCGCCGGCGCUUUGACUGUGGAAUACUGGAACGCCAGUCUCAGCAAAGCCAUCUUUGUUACGAUAUUCCUUCUCAUUAUUGCUGUUAUUAACCUUUUCGGCAUCAAAGGCUAUGGUGAAGCUGAAUUCAUAUUCUCUACCCUCAAGGUGACCGCUAUUGUUGGCUUCAUUCUUCUUGGAAUUGUUGUCAACAUUGGCGGAACUCCUAACGAAGGCUACAUCGGUGGCAAAUACUGGGCGAAUCCGGGCGCGACAAACAACGGAUUCAAAGGCUUUUGCAACGUCCUCGUCUCUGCCGCUUUUGCCUUUUCUGGGACUGAACUGGUCGGCCUCGCAGCGGCCGAAACUUCGAACCCCCGCAAGUCGAUCCCGACAGCCAUUCGACAAGUGUUCUGGCGUAUAGCCAUCUUCUACAUCGUAGCUCUACUGCUUGUGACACUUUUGGUCCCCCAUAAUGACCCACGCUUGCUUGGUGCCAAGUCUUCCGUCGACGCUUCCGCCAGUCCGUUUGUCAUCGCCAUCGAAAGCAUGGGCCAGACGAUCUUGCCGAGCAUCAUGAACGCCGUCAUUCUCCUUGCGGUCAUCUCCGUCGGCAACUCGGCCGUGUUCGGCUCCUCACGCACCCUCGCGGCGCUCGCCGAGCAAUCCCACGCCCCCAGGUUGCUGGCAUAUAUCGAUCGCAAGGGGCGCCCCCUCGUCUCUGUGCUCGUCACGCUAGCUGUCGGCCUCCUCGCAUUCCUCGUCGACCUCAAGGAGCAGGGCGAGAUCUUUGACUGGCUCAUCGCCAUCUGCGGCCUGUCUAGCCUCUUUACCUGGGGCAGCAUCUGCCUCUGCCACAUCCGCUUCCGUCGCGCCUGGAAGCUCGCCGGAUACUCGCCCAGUCACCUGCCCUUCCAGUCGCAGGCCGGGCUCGUCGGCUCCUACGCCGGCCUCAUCGCCAACCUGCUCGUCGUCGCGUCGCAGUUCUGGACUGCCGUGUCGCCGCUAAGUCGCACCGACGGGUCCCCCGCCGGCAUCGCCAAGAACUUUUUUCUCAAGGUGCUUGCCGUACCCAUCGUCCUGCUCUUUUACUUUGGUCACAAACUUUGGUUCAGGACGCGUGUUUUGCGCGCCAGGGCCAUGGACAUUGAUACGGGGCGGAGCUUCACCCGCGCGCAGUCCAUCCACAUGACCGACCCCAACCCGCACGGGAAAUGGCCGCUUUGGAAGCGCAUUUAUCGAUCUCUAUGCUGA